AUGUCUAGUGGCUGCUUCUUUAGUCUUUGCCUGCUGGUAUCUGGUGUCGUUCGUUCUUCGGUUUUCUAUAGUGUUGAUGUUGUUGCUGCUGGUGUUGCUGCUGGUGUUGCUGCUGCUAAUUUGGUCUUUCCUGGUCUACUGUCUUUGGUGCUUGCUCGUUUUUUGGUGUUACUCGUUUUUUGGUCUUUCUAUUAUGGUGCUGGUAUUACUGCUGAUGUUGUUGCUGCUGCUAAUCUGGUCGCUCUUGGUCUACUGUCUUUGUUGUAUGCUCGUUCUGUGGUCUAUAUCCGGUGA